UGGACCUUUUCCGUAAAUUUAAUAAAGCCGCCAUCGCUUCAUGUAUUUCAUACCUAAUAACAAGUUUCCGCCAGCAUCCCUUCUCCUCCCAUUCUUUCUUCCCUCAUUCUCUUUUUAUUAAUCUCUCCUAAGUUUUGGACCCAAAGUUGCUAAGUAAGCUUGAGGAGAGAUGAAGUAUGUAUUGGUGACUGGUGGAGUGGUUAGUGGGCUUGGAAAAGGAGUAACUGCUAGCAGUAUUGGUUUUAUUCUUAAGUCAUGUGGUCUUCGUGUUACUUCCAUUAAGAUUGAUCCAUACUUAAACACCGAUGCUGGAACAAUGUCCCCAUUCGAACACGGAGAAGUAUUCGUCUUGGAUGAUGGUGGAGAGGUGGACCUAGACCUUGGUAACUAUGAGCGUUUUCUGGAUAUUAAGUUGACACGUGACAACAAUAUAACUACUGGAAAAAUAUACCAGUCUGUUCUUGAUAAGGAGAGAAAAGGAGAUUACUUGGGGAAGACUGUUCAGGUUGUCCCUCACAUUACAGAUGCCAUUCAAGAGUGGAUUGAACGUGUGGCUGUUAUACCAGUUGAUGGAGAGGAUAGUCCAGCUGAUGUUUGUGUCAUAGAACUGGGUGGAACUAUAGGAGAUAUUGAGUCUAUGCCAUUUAUUGAAGCUUUAGGACAAUUCUCAUAUCGUGUAGGUGAUGGAAAUUUUUGCUUGAUACAUGUCAGCCUUGUGCCCGUCUUGAAUGUAGUUGGUGAGCAGAAAACAAAGCCAACUCAACACAGCGUAAGGGGUUUGAGAAGCCUGGGACUGACUCCAAAUAUUUUAGCCUGCCGUAGCACAGUGGGACUUGAGGAUAGUGUGAAGGAGAAACUUUCCCGUUUCUGCCAUGUUCCGUUAGAUAGCAUCAUCAGUCUUUACGAUGCCUCGAACAUUUGGCGAGUUCCUUUGAUUUUAAGAGAUCAGAAGGCCCAUGAAGCAAUUCUGAAAGUCUUGAACCUUAAAGGAGUUGCUCGGGAGCCUGUCUUUGGAGAAUGGACAUCUCGGACUGAACUUUGUGACAGGCUACAUGAGCCAGUUAGAGUUGCCAUGGUGGGGAAGUACACAGGACUUUCAGAUUCGUAUCUAUCGGUAUUGAAGGCUCUUUUGCAUUCCUCUGUAGCUUGCCGCAGGAAACUCUUUGUAGAUUGGGUUCCAGCCAGUGACCUUGAAGAUGAAACUGCCAGAGAGAAUCCUGAAAAUUAUAGAAGUGCUUGGAAUUUGCUUAAGGGGGCGGAUGCUGUACUAGUUCCUGGAGGAUUUGGUGAUAGAGGUGUGGAGGGUAAAAUACUUGCUGCCAAAUAUGCCCGUGAAAACAGGAUUCCUUUCCUUGGCAUAUGUCUAGGCAUGCAAAUUGCUGUUAUCGAGUAUGCUAGAUCCAUUCUUGGGUUGCAAAAUGCGAACAGUACAGAGUUUGAUCCCAACACUCAGAAUCCUUGUGUAAUUUUUAUGCCGGAGGGCUCAAAAACACAUAUGGGUGGUACCAUGCGUCUUGGAUCAAGAAGAACGUACUUUCAAGUCAUAGAUUCUAAAUCUGCAAAACUAUAUGGCAACCGGAGCUUUGUAGAUGAGAGGCACCGUCAUAGAUAUGAGGUGAAUCCUGAUAUGGUGCAGCAAUUUGAAGAUGCUGGUCUUUCUUUCACUGGCAAAGAUGAAAGUGAUCGCCGCAUGGAGAUUGUUGAGUUGCCCAAUCACCCUUACUUUAUUGGCGUUCAAUUUCAUCCUGAAUUUAAAUCAAGGCCAGGAAAACCGUCUGCGGUGUUCUUAGGGCUUAUAGCAGCAGCGUGUGGGCAGCUUGAAUCUCUUUUGAAGAAGGGUGGAGCACAGACUCAUGGAUUUAGCAAUGGUACAUCAGGUGAAAAAUUGCAUCGAAAUGGAAAUGCAGCACAUCUUGCCAAUGGAUCUUUAGAUGGGGUUUAUUGCAACGGGAAUGGUGUACAUGUCUAAGGAAACAGUAAAAAACUAUUCGGGUUGAUGGCCUUGUGAUCUUUUAUGAUCAAAUUUUGCUAGUGCCUUUCUUCCAGGCGAUAUGUAUAGGUUUUACAGCUUCUCUCGUUAAACGUUAUCUAGGUAUAGAGCUGGAGUCCGGUCUUUCCAACAGAGUUGUAGCGGCAGCAAGUUAAUUUAGGCAUUUCUUUUGAAAGAUAAAAAAGCUCUUUGAUCAUAGCUUUCAUAUGAUUACUACGUCCAACAUGAAACUUGUGGUUGCUAGUAAAACUCGAAUUUGCUUGACCUAAAUCGAUCUCUAUAGAGUUUGCAAGAGAGUUUCUUAUGAAGUUUUGUUAUGACA